CGCGUAGCCUGUAGUGUAACUGAACUUCCUCAUUGGGAGGGACAGCAAAGUGCUCAGUCCAACGCCGUUUCUGGCUGAAAUAACACACAGUGCGUUUUGUUUUAUUUUAUUUUUUUGACAAUCGCCAAUGUCGAAGCCUCCUCCCAAGCCGGCCAAGCCAGGCCAAGUCAAGGUGUUCAGAGCUUUGUUCACCUUUGACCCCAGAACGCCAGACGAGCUGUACUUUGAAGAAGGAGACAUCUUGUACAUCUCCGACACAAGUGACACUAAUUGGUGGAAGGGAACAUGCAGGGGGAGGACGGGACUAAUUCCAAGUAACUAUGUGGCUGAGCAGGCCGAGUCUAUUGACAAUCCGAUGCAUGAAGCAGCCAAGCGAGGAAAUCUGAGCUGGCUGAGGGAGUGUGUGGAGAACAAGGUGGGGAUCAAUGGGUUGGAUAAGGCUGGAAAUACUGCCCUCUACUGGGGAUGUCAUGGAGGACACAAAGAUGUGGUGGAGCUGUUGCUAAACCAGCCCAACGUGGAGCUCAACCAGCAGAAUAAACUGGGGGACACUGCUCUGCAUGCUGCUGCCUGGAAGGGUUAUUCUGACAUUGUGGAGAUGUUGCUGAACAAGAAUGCGAGGACAGACAUCAAGAACAAUGAGAGUAAGCUGGCUCUUGAAAUGGCCACCAACGCCCAGUGUGCCUCACUUCUCAAAAGGAAGCAGGGAAGCAGUGUCACCCGCACACACAGCAACGCUGAAGAGUAUUUGGACGAUGAGGACUCAGACUGAGCCGGCUCUGCUGAAACAUCGUCACUGUCUUCUAUUGGGUUCGGGGGGUUAAGGGGAGGGGGGGGGGGGUUGAGGAGAACGGAGAGUUUUAUUACAGCCCUAAAAUGGAUUUGCUGCUGCGGUUCCUUCCUGUAACUCCAUUUUAGCUCUGUCAUGUGUGACAAAACACCUCAGUUCUCCACCCUCUGCGUCAAGUCAGCGUGAAUUUCAGAGCAUUGAAUUAAUGCAUUUUUACAGUCCGCCUGCUUUGCCAAGUGUAUUUUCACAAGUAAGGAAUUUGUCUUGGGAGAAUCCGUUGCACACUGUUGGCUGAGGGGCAGAAUAAAUGUAGUGGAGGAAAGAGGACCAAAGCACUGAGAAACACAUUCCACACGUACAGAUUAUGUUUAACCCAUUUACAGCGGCAUUAAAGUGCCAGUGCAGAUUAAAAGACUGAUCUGGUUUGUGUCUAGUUAAGUUUUCAAGCUGCUCAUAAAUUACUAAACUACAAAAAAUCACCAAAAAGGGAUUAGAAACACUUAAUAUUUCCCCUUUAUAAUGGGGUGUGCUGAGGGACCCAAUGAGAGAUUUUCCUGUGUUAAUCUGCUUGGUCAAUUUAAGGAUGUCAUUAAUCACAUUGAGGUAUCUGUAAUGUGUGCCAUAUAUGGCAGAUGUCUCCUUACUCCUCUAUAAAACUCACCAUUCUGUGCUGCAUGUAUUCAGGUCUGAGAUAUUAUAACAUUUCCACUGCCAUCGACCAUCCUCUGUAAGUUCACUGUUACCGAAAAUCUGCUGCCUGUAAAACAGAAUUCACAAAAACUCUUUAAUCUUUCAAGCUUUUGAUGGUUUGAUUUCCAUCCUGGGAGCAAAUUUCUGGUUUUUAUUGCUGCUUUAUGAGAAAUUAUAUAUUAAAAAAAACAACAACAACAAAGUGCCUUAAAUAUGUGUAACUGAGUGAGUGUGUCUUUGGUUGGUGUAUCAGUGUGAGCAUGUUUUGUCAUGAGGUGAUGAUUUUGUUCUUUAUUUCUAUCUGCUCUGUCUUCAUUCUGCAAUAAAAGAUUUUUAAAUUAAA